AGCGUCAGUACAUGACUGCAGUUGUUGCACGGGGAAAGAGGGACUGUGCCGCCAGCCUUACGUAACCAAUUGUGUUAGCUUUGAUGACUGGAGAUCACGUCGCAGACAGAAGAUACUUCAUCAUUAAUUCAUCCGGCAGGAGUGGAGAGGGUCAGGUGGCCAGAGUCAUGUGAUGAGAACAGGUGGACCAUGUCAGGAAGGCUUGGGUGGAAGUUUAGGAGAAUCCAUAGUGGAUGAUCGCAGAAGAUGAUAACUCAUAACACAACAGCUCCAGUCGAAAUCUAGCCACAAACAGAGGCCUUUAUUUUGUUUACUACUGCAACCGUCUAAUAUGUUGCUGAAAUGUAAAUGCCCUUUUUAAUUUCUAAAAACAAAUUUAGUCUGCUGUUUCGAUCCUCAACUGAGAGAAUCAACUUCAACAGGUUGGACAUCCCGCCUCUGUCGGUAAAAUGGCCGACCCCAGCUGGUGGAAACUGACCUUCUCGCGGAAGAAGAAAUCGGAACCCAAAGUUCUGUACGAGAUCCCCGCAGAGUACGGCAGCAACACAGGAAACAAAGAUAGCGUGAUCAACGCAGCAACACCGGAUUCGGCGGACAGCCAGUUAAAUGCCCGACUGGAGAAAUUUGUGGACAAAUCAGCCACCAAGGGACGCCAUGUCAAGGUGUCGCACUCAGGUCGCUUCAAGGAAAAGAAGAAGGUGAGGCCGACACUAGAGGCAAACUUGUACAUGGACCAAAGCGCCCGGGACGAGAACAUUCAGAAAAAGACUGAAAAAUAAAAUGCGUGAGGAAACACGUGUUGGCCUUUUGUCCUGGAGCAUGACACGCCCAAACAGCUGAAUAAGAGGCUGUUUGAUCAAGAGGUGACCACUGAAACAAAUUCUUCUGAGUGAAUGAAUAACAAAUAUGAUUGUUUUAUUAUGUGUCCUGUGAUCAUUGUUCGUAUUGUUUACUUUUAAGCAAAGAAAUGUUGAUUUUGUCUCUUUUUAUACGGCCAUCCAAAAAUGUUUAUAUUCAAGGUUAUUAAGAUAUUUUUAUUGAAAUAUUCUGUAACAUAUUUACACAGAGAAGGAUAAAAAUGCAUAGAAUGUAAAAGCUAAAUGUUAGCAGUAUGGGCUGAAAUUAUUUAAUGUCAAAAGCCAUUUCAUUUAAAAUAUUUUCGAUGAUGUCAU